UCCGACAUAUAGAAAUUUAUUUAUUUUCACCAGAAUUGGGCUUGAUGUAGGUCUGUGUUCUCUCUCCAUCCCUGACCGCGGAUGAAGGCGUUGUUGACAAUUGACAUCCACCUGAUGAAUAGGUCAGCCAUAGACAAAGCAAUGAUGAUAGUCAAGAGAGUUGGUGAAACCCUUUAUAACAAGCAACACUCCCAUUACAAAAAAUUAUUUGGAGCCUAUAAUGUUCUUUAUAUAUCACACAUAGCUACUCUUUGGUUUAAGGAAGAGGAUAUACACGGACAAAAGAUUAAAAAUCCAGAGCAAAAAUUAGUGAAAAGAACCCUAAAUAAUGCACAAUAAAGAGGCAUGGCGGAGGCGGAAUAGUAAUGUCGAAUCUACUUUCACCUCAACUUCUACUCCACCUUCUGCAGCGGUUCAGCAAAUACUCAAACCAAGUUGAACAAAUCCAUUCCUUGUUAACCACCAAUGGCUACUUCCAUAUUACCGAUCAAUGGAUCAAUACUCUCCUCUACAACACUCUCAUCAGAGCCUACUUGAAUCUCCGUCAACCCCGUACCACCCUCCUCCUCUUCACCCACAUGCUUCACCACCAAGCGCCACCCAAUAACCAUACAUUCCCUUCUGUCCUCAAAGCAAUAACCUCUAUUUCAUCGCCCUAUUUGGGCUUUAAUUCGUGUUGUUCCUUUCAUGGACAGUGUGCUAAAAGGGGGAUAGUUGAUGAUCCGUUUGUACAAACAUCUUUGAUGUCUGUCUACUCGCAAAUGGGUGAUUUGAGUAGUGCGUAUAAGGUGUUUGACGAAAUGCAUGAGCCAUGUAUUAUUUCGCAAAAUGCGAUGCUUGAUGCUUUUGGGAAAAAUGGGGAGAUGGGAUUGGCCGUUUCGAUGUUUUCAGGUAUGGCGAAGAGAGAUAUUUACUCAUGGACGAGUGUUAUCAGUGGGUAUUAUAGAAACGGGUGCUUUAGGGAGGCUAUUUGGCUUUUUGGAAAAAUGAUGGUUCAUGAGGAUGUAAUCAGUGGCUAUUUAAAGCCAACUGAGGCUACAUUUGUCAGUGUUCUUUCCUCGUGUGCGAAUGGGGAAGAUGGCUGCUCGUUGAAUCAAGGGAAACAAAUACAUGGAUAUAUGAUUAAGAUUGAGAAAGAGUUGAGUGUUUUUAUAGGCACGUCGUUGAUAGCAUUCUACGGUAAAAUGGGUUGCUUGGGCUAUGCCAUGAAUAUGUUUAAUUCUAUGGCUAUUAAGGAGGUGUGUACUUGGAAUUCUAUCAUAUGUUCACUGGCAUCGAAUGGCAUGGAAAGGCAGGUCUUGGACAUGUUUGAGAGAAUGAAGUCUCAUGCUUUGCAGCCAAAUGAAGUCACAUUUGUUGGGGUCCUAUCAGCUUGUGCUCGUGCCAAGUUUGUGGACUUGGGUUUGGCAUUGUUUCAUUCAAUGUCGCAUGACUUUAACAUUGCUCCAAGAAUGGAACACUAUGGAUGUGUAGUCGAUCUCUUAGGAAGAGCCGGGCUUUUGGAAGAAGCAUACAGGUUUGUAAGGAGCAUGCCUUUCAAGGCUGAUGCCACUGUGUUGGGGGCUUUAUUGAGUGCUUGUAGACUUCACGGGGCUGUCGAGUUGGGGAAUGAAGUAGGAAGACAAUUAAUUCACUUACAACCUUAUCAUAGUGGACGGUAUGUGCUUUUAUCUAGCCUUUUUGCCGGAGCAGAGGUAUGGACUCGUGCUGCUGAGUUUAGGAAAGCAAUGGUGGAUGCUGGAAUUCAGAAAGUUCCAGCCUUUAGCUUGGUAAAUUGAAUAUAGAAAUUCUUCAGUGGCUUUCACCAUUUAUUGAGAUUCGGGACUGGAAUAUUCAUAAGAUAACCUUGUGCUCUGCUCGGUGAAUUUUGAUGUCAUUCUUCAUGGAAGAAAUUUCCAGUCAGUGAUGAGUUGCAUGAGUCUCUCCGGCUUGAAGUAGUACUUGGCGGUAAUCUUCAAUGAGAAGAUCGAAACAGAUUGAAUCUCAUCACUUGUACAAUAUUAAAUUAGAAGCAAAGAGAUAUGCUUUGAUGUACAAUUUACUUUUAGUGUAAAAAUGAGACAGAAAUUCCAAGUUAAGCAAAUUCACUCGGUGCUCAGCAAAUUUAAUUGCUCCAUAAGCUGAAGAACCAGUUAUCAGAUUCCUUGAACAUGUCCUACUCUCCUAAAAGAGUGAGUUGGUUUUAGCACUAUUCAUAGGGUUGCGUGCCCUUUCCCCCCUCUAUUCGACAACUAAGUUAUUUUUUAUCUCACUAUUAUUGGAAUUCAUCUACAAUCGUCUUUCAAUUACGUUUGCAUCAUUAUUUUCACACGCUACGCCAUGCCGCAUCCAUUUCCCCACACAAACCCAUCAUUUCAUAUUCUCUUUUUUCUAUUUCGUUUUCUUCUCUCACAUGCUGUUGUUCAGCUUUCCUUUUCCUUCCCCUCAUGGAAUCGCCGAUCUACGACCAAUAAUUUGGUUGCCACCAUGUUGAACGUGCCCAUCUUCCUUCUUCGGUCAAAACAGGAUUAACGAUGGAGUAAAUUGUUCCUAUGCAGGGAUCUGUACGGUUUUUUUUUGCUUUUGGUGUGAUUUUCUUAUGUUUUAGUGUGUUUCUGUGUGUAUGUUGUGUAGAUUUCAUUUUUAUGUGAAGGGUUUAGAAUUUGAAGUCUUUCUAUUGAUUUUUAUGAUCAUCUACAGAUUACAGACACCAAAUCCUAAAUCAGGCAUAAUCAUUUUUCUGAGUAAUAACAAUAAUUUAUGUUCAUUGGCACUGCUAAUGAUAGAUCAUGCUUCUUAUGUGAUUUGAAUGGAAAAACUUGUUUUGUUUUUCAUUUAGCAUGAUACUCGUGUUGAUUACGUCUUGGUUGUUAAGGUGGUCUCGUGUAAAUCCACUUUUCAUUGCUCAAUUACAUGGUAUAAUUCUACAACGAUGAAAUAUAUAUGUACAUAUAGUCUUUAGAAAUUCAUACAAAAUCCACAAUUAUUAUCUAAUCAUAUAGUCCAAGAAAAAAAAAAAUCACAUUUAGGUUGAGCGCUGCUGCGCUAGUAACUUUACAUAUUAAUUGCCUAAAAUGAAACCCAAAUUUUGGUUGAAUUUUGAGAGCUUAUUUUCCAUUUUUUAAUUGGUGAUAUAUUGGUGCAGAUGUUGUUUAUAUUAAAAGAGAAACAAAAUGGACAUGUCUUGUGUUUAUGGGCAAUAUCCCAAUUCUACCUUUGGGAAGUCCACUGCCUAUCCAAGUUCACUCUUCACAGCUCAGUUUCUAGCAGCGCUUCAAAAUAGCGGAAUACGUACUUCUAAUAUCGAGUUCUCGACUCAUAUAAUAGUGUCUAGAGCAGAAUUGGAUUUAAAGGACUUUAAUGUGGAUGUCGAGCUUGGCAAUGACAAGUUAUAGUAGUGGUGCUGGCAUUUUGAAUGGGAAAGCUGCCAAAAGGUCAGAGACUACAGCUAAAGAACAUCAGUUGUUGAGGGUUCGAGAGGAGAAGAGCGCACCAAUAUGAACAUCUUCUUAUCAUCCUGCUUUGGCAAAAGGGUGUUGGAAGAUGCUUGUAAAAGAUUUGGAGCUUCGACCUAUUCUGGGAGAUACCAUUGGUAACCCAGAACAUAUGAGAAAAAGGGAGGAUACGCAAAAAUACCAAUUGACCUGGUGUAAGAUAUCACAUUGUUCGAGGAACCCACCGGAAAUUCCUUCUACCCCUAUCGUACUCCAGAUUGGUAGUUUCCACAAGGUUUUGAAAUGCUGACCACACUGCCUCUCUUCAACCAGAUUGCUCAAAGACUAAAAUUCUGGAACUUUCAUAAAAAUGCUAUCAAGGAGAUAAUGUAAUUGUGCUUCUGAUAGAGCUUUAUGCUAAAAGAUGGUCAUAAUCCAAAUUGAAAUAAUAUUCAUUUUCUUAAUCAACUAAGAAAUUUCAGAGUUGGGAUAGGGGAUUGAUUGACUGGUAUCUCAAUGAACCCUACCAUGCAGUUGGGGUAAAAUUUGUUAUCCUGUACUGCAGACAAAUAUUUAGCAUUGUAUAACUCAAUUUUUGACACAUUGGAACUGCAGUAAAAUCGCACCUAUCCACAUGUUU